AUGACACCGCGUGUGGUCAUACAGGGUAGAAAGCAGAAGAACGGCAUACGAGCUGUCUCCGUCUGUUCCUUGCAUCACGCCAGACGUAUCUCCUUCCUAUCAUUUCUUCUGCUCGAACCCAUUGCCUCGACUGCAAGAUCUUGGUUCAUUUUAAAAUCAUUUGCAGAUUCUGUCAAGCCCACUCUGGACCAGGCAAUUUACAGUCUACGGGGGCCCACCGGCCUCGGUUGCUCUCUGCUCCCUAGGCUGGCCUCCCCUCCCCGAAAGUUGGCUGGGGCGUCUCAAGUCGCGCACGUGACGACACUUGAGUUGAAAUCUCAAAAAAUGGCAUGUCCUGAUGUUUCGUAA